CUUUUGGAGCCCGAGAGAGCCGCGGAGGCUGGCAGCGAGGGCAGGCAGCGGCGGAGCGAGAGCCACGCUUGGGACACCGCUCGCUCGGGCCGGAAGAAGAGGCCACUGCGGCGCUGCAGCUGGCGAGGAGAUGGCCGGGGGCGCAGGCGGCGGGGCCAGGGGCUGGCUGGGGGUCGCCCUGGUGGGCCUCCAGCUCUGCUCUGUGACACUUGCCUUGGAGGUUUCGGUAGGCAAGGCGGCCGUUAUCUAUGUAAAGAAUGGCACGGAUGUCCUCUUGCCCUGCACAUUCACCUCUUGCAUCGGAAUCGAGAGAGCCAACUUCUCGUGGAUCAGCAAUAGCACUGAAAUAUUCAAAGGAAUCAUCAAGAACAAAGACUCCAAGCCAGAGCCCUAUCCAGAGUACAGGUCUCUCAUCAAGUACGAGAUGCCAACUGAUAUCGCCCUCAGCAAGGAUAACCGGGAGUUCAACGUCUCCCUCCUGCUCCUCUUUGCAGAGUUCAGUGACUCUGGGAAAUACACUUGCUUUGUUAAGAACCCAAAGGAGAAGAAUGCCAACCAUAGUGCCACCAUCACACUCAAAGUGGUUGUGGAAAUGGAGAAGAAGGACAACACGCUAACACUGAUCAUCGUGUCAGUUGUUGGGGGUGUCAUUGGACUCCUGGUCCUCAUCAUGUUGAUCAAGAAACUCAUCCUCUUCAUUCUCAAGAAGACACGGGAGAAAGAGUGUCUUGUGACUUCUUCAGCAAAUGACAACACAGAGAAUGGGCUAGCCGGCUCCAAAACAGAACAGAAAUCCGCCCCAAAGGCCUGAGGCCGCUGUGGAACCGGUGACCUGUGAGGCCCUGAAAUCCAGGCCCAGGAGGAAGAGGAGGAGAGUCGACCAUUUCCAAAUGAUUGAUGCUUGAGACACAUGACUAUAUUACACAGUUGGCUGCAACCAGCACUGCUUCUCAGAUAAGACUGCAGGCAUUGGACAGGCAGGCCGGGGAGAGGAGGGGCUGUGUGCUCAGGUAGUUCUUAAGCCACCAGGAAGGAGGAUGCUGUCAGGUGGGAUUCCGUAGGUGUGAGCUUGGGCAUCUUCAGUGCAAGAGCCUGGGCUGGCAGGUGGGCGUGGUGCCAGGGACUUGGUUCUCCUCCUGGGCAGAGGGCAACCAGCUGAUACAGAUGGGCUGUGAUCCAUCAGAGGAAAUGCUUGGCACCCUCUUCCCUGCCAGCCUCUCACAGGAGCCGAGGCUCCUUUUUAAAGGAUGGGAGGGCCAACACUGCUGGGACAGAACUUGAACAGGCAAUAGGAGUUUGAAGCACCCCUAGGAACCAGGCGCCAUUUUGCUUGUACCGCUGCUGGACUUUGUCAUCUUUCCUGCAUCCUGGAGUGGGUGGGAGAGUGGAUGAGCUGCAGAUUGCACCUGGAGCCUGCUGCUCUGUCACCACUACUGCCUGCCCACCCACCCACCCUCCGCAACAGCUUCACAAUAUUUUUUGUUUGUUUUGUUUAACGCUUGUGUGAUUGUGAGGCUGAGGGGGAUAAAAGAAGCAGCCUGGCUCUCAUUGCUCAUGCUGCACCCCUCCGGGGUUGGGGUUCCUGAAGUGGCGCUCCCCACCUGCAGACCCCAGGGCUCUUGUAACACCCAGCAUGGCGGCUCCCUUGCUCUGCUCUCAGCUGCCACACUGUAGUGAGGAAUGGCAUCUUUUCCUAGGCAGCCUCUUUCCAACCCAAUUGGUGAGCCUGGGGCUCCUGAAGUCACAGUCCUGGUCCCAACUUACUUGUAUUGGCUCCUUCUCCUGAUCUCCUGGUGAGAGAGGAGAUGAAGAGAGGCAGGAGAUUCGCUUCUUGUUUCAGGCCUUUGGACCACCUUGGAGCUGUCAAGGCCUUAAGUGUGAAGCAAGCCAAUUCCCCGGCACUCCCCUCCCCUCCUAACUGGCCUGCCUCUUUGCCCUACAUCCCUCCCCCUCUCCUGGGCUUCCUGCUGGGAGAAGAGGAAGGGAGUCUCUUCUGCCUGGCCAUGGUCAG